GACUGAGCGUAUAAUUAGAGAGCAGAGGCUCUCUCCUUUCUCUUCCUCGGUUAUGGAGGUACUGAGCUAUGUUUUCAGACAGAUGUGGACAGGACGCAGUUUGGGGAAGACGCUGCUGAUGGUCGGAGUGGCGCUGGCUGCAUAUCAGGCAUACAAGAGAUGGAGACGGCGGCGCGCGCUGAGCAGGCUCUCCGGGAAAGUGGUGCUAAUAACAGGAGCGAGCUCAGGACUUGGGGAAGCUCUUGCCAGGCUGUUUCACAGUGUGGGUGCAAAGGUCAUCCUUGCAUCCAGGGAUCUGCAGAAACUCCAGGCUCUGAAAUUCCAGCUGGACACCACUCCCGCACCGAAAGAGUCAACCAAUCUCCGACUCCACUCCCCCAAGACCCUAGUUCUGGAUCUCUCGUCUCCGUCCUCUCUCCCCGACAGAGCCAGAGAAGCCAUGCAGGCAUUCGGGAGAGUCGACAUACUCGUGAACAACGCUGGGAUCAGUUCUCGGGGGGCGGCUCUGGACACGGAGCUGGCUGUAGACAGGAAGAUCAUGGAGACUAACUUCUUUGGGACCGUCUCACUCACCAGAGCCCUGUUGCCUGCCAUGGUGGAGCAGGGAGGAGGUCACAUUGUGGUAGUCAGCAGUCUGCAGGGGAAGAUUGGCAUCCCGCAUCGUUCCUCAUACGCAGCCUCGAAACACGCACUGCACGGCUAUUUCGACAGUCUUCGGUGUGAGCUAGGCCCCAGAGGGGUCAGGGUCUCCACUGUCUGUCCUGGGUACAUCAGAACCCAGCUCUCGCUCAAUGCUCUGGCUCCAGACGGAUCCAAACAUGGGGUGCUAGAUCCAACUACAGCUAAAGGGAUGAGUCCAGAAUACGUAGCUGUAAAGAUACUUUACACUGUCGCUGAAGGUGGGCGGAGUCUCGUUGUGGCCACACCCACUCAUCAUUUGGCCCUCUACCUGUCGUUUUUCUGGCCUUCCCUUCUGGACUGGGUCCUCCAGCAGAGGGCCAAGAUCACAUGACAAUCACAUGACAGCUAUAUAGUUUCUUUUCAUGACAUUUUGUUGUGUGUGUGAGUUGGCAGAACUACCCAUUGGCUAUUGUGUUCCACAAGCCAACUCAGUCAGAUGAUUGUGUAUAACGGUCCCAGUACCCCACCUAGUAUUUAGUGGAGGGCUGAUGCCUUGCUCAACUCUUGCAUAAUUAUAGUGAAAAACACUCGUAUAUAUAUAGUGAACUAGUAAAAUGAACACAGCAAACGAGAAACGAAGGUGAGACUGACAAGAACAAAAGACACAUGGAGAGACGUAAAAUGUGUGAGCUAGGGGUCGGACGACGGUAAAUAUUGUCCCCCCCGGCCCCCAUGUAGUGAGCUAGGGGGUCGGACGACAGUAAAUAUUGUCCCCCCCGGCCCCCAUGUAGUGAGUCCACGGUUGCUGUUCUCCUGGUAGGAACCUCUCCAACCACCUCUCUCCCUCCUCCUCCCCCAUCUCCUCCUUCACCCUCGUCUCCAGCGUCUCCACAAAGACAGUGAAGUGCGGAGGAAGAUCCUGGAUCACUACCUCCUCGCU